GGGAAAAAGACAAAAGGGAAUCCCACCAAAAAUCCAGCUCAGUAAGCAGUAGCAAACUGGAAACUGUGCUUUGCCGAUACUCUAAUGGGAAUCUCAUUCUUCCUCAUAUAUGUUUCUUCAACGUUGUUGUUGUUCCGCAAAGGAAGGUAGCAGUUUCCAAGAAAACACUUUUGUUUUUCCAGAAAAAAAUGCCAAAUAUCAUAUGGAAUUUACAGCGUUUGUUAUCUGAUUGAUCUCACCUGAAUCCUUGUUCCUGCUCAAAAAUGUCUCGCCACCAGCGCCGCUCCGAGCAUCCGCCGCAUCGCCGCCGUUCGUGGUGUUGCUCUUUUGCCGUCCCGCCCCACAGCCCCGACAACCCCACUUCAGUUAAGAAGAACGAGCUACCUUUCAUCGCCAAAUCCUCCACCCUUAGCUCCAUUUCCCAGUCUCAGGGCAGCCUCGUCACCCGGAUCGGACCCCGCAGGAUCCUGUCUCCGGGUCGGGUCUCUCCCAUAGAUUCUCUGGACGAGACACUAGCUCCAAAUCCAACACUCCCCGCCUGCUCCAUUGAGAUUACUAAACCCCCGGUGCCUCGCGAGUCCGAUGAUAAUUUGGGAAUCUUUGACGUGAGGCUGAAUCUGAAGGGCAAGAAUGGUGGUGGUAGCUUGGUGUUGGAGCUCAGCUCCCAGGUUCUUACUGCAAACGCCUUGGUUUUCGCAGAUUUGAUCGCGGAUUAUAGGAAAAAAUCCAAGGGUUUGUGUAGGAUUGAGGUCCCCGAUGUGGAUAAUCUGGGCAUCUUCCGUCACACAAUUGAGCUUAUGUUUGAGGAAGAUAUUCCCAAAAGCCUCCUAAACAUCGGGGUAUAUCGCACCAUUGAUGUGCUGGAGGUAUCAGCAAGCAUUAAGUUCACGAGGGCCAUUUUGUCAUGCCUAGAAUACAUUGAGGCCAUGCCUUGGACUGAAGAGGAAGAGGAAAAACUCAGGAACUUAUUUACCAAAGUUAAGUUUGAUGAUGAAACAAUAUGUAGAGAUAUUGUGGCCAGACUCUAUACCCAAGACUCACUGGAUUCUCAACAAAAAUUGGCUAGGAAUCUUGUUUUGUCAGUAACCACCUGUAAUGAUGCGAAUGCGAGAAAUGAGCUAAAACCUCUAGUCAAAGGUCUCCUGUGCAAAAAUUCCUUGUAUGAAAAGGAGUGUCCCGAUCUGAACACAGAGGAUAUCUUUGCUAUUUGUAGGUCUUGCCUGGGUUCACUGGUCACUCUACUCGAGGAGGCCACUAGCACCAAUCCAUCUAGGAAAUUGGGGAAGGAGAAAGAUAAGCCAUUGAUUGAGCGAAUAUCAAAUCAGGUGGACAACAUGAAUUGGCUACUCGAAAUUUUGCUCGAUCACCAGAUGGCGGAGGGGUUGGUUGACAUGUGGACGCAUCAAGUGAAGUUGCUUCACCUGCACAAGUGUGCAUCUCCAAUGCUUAGGUAUGAGCUGAGCCGGGUUUCUGCAAAGUUGUUCGUUGCAAUGGGCACUAGAAAAAUGCAUUGCCGGUCAGAAGCAAGGUUAGGGUUAAUGCAGGCAUGGUUCAAACCGAUGCUACUGGACUUUGGUUGGCUACAGAGGUGUAAGAAAGGCCUAGACAUAAAGGCAUUGGAGGAAGCGAUGGGGCAAGCGCUCCUAACUCUUCCUUUGAAAGAGCAAUACAUGCUGUUUAUGGAUUGGUUCAGGUGUUUCUCCAAGAACGGCACUGAAUGCCCUAAUCUUAGCAAGGCAUUCCAGAUUUGGUGGCGGAGAUCAUUCCUCAGAGGCUCUGACCCCUACGCUUUUGAAUCUAGGUAAUCACGGGUGGUGUUAAGUCUAUUAGUUUUGGUAUAGUGUUGUUCUAAUCAGGGCAGUGUGGAUCAUAUGAUGGUGAAUAAUGUGAAAGAAGAAGAAGAAGCGCCUUUUUAAUGCUGUUUCAGUCCUACCAAAUGAAACAAGUUUCCAUGAGCCAUAAAUUCAUUCAUCCCAAGUGCAAAGUGAGUGUUGACUUCACAUUUUGAUUGUUGAGCAGGGACCCUGAACUAGAAGAAUCCAAUCCCAAUAGUCAAUAUGAAGAAGAAGCAAAGCUGUCAAUCUGAUUUUGUGAACAUCAUCCUACUUAUGUUGCUUGCUUGCACAAGUUAAUUAGUUUAAAGUGUAUGUAUGUAUGUAUGUACUUCCUGAAUUAGCUACUUGACUAUUGCUUUCUCGUUUAAUUUGGCUGGCAGGCAGGCAGGCAGUUGGAAUUCAGACUAUUCACCCCUAAAAAAAA